GUUUUAUUGUGGCCUCGAUAAUGCAUGUGUUUUCUGGCACAAAAAAAGAAAAGAAAAAUAGAAAUGACAUUGAGGUCGUACAGGGAACAAGUAACGCUCUUGACAAUACUAUUUUGCAUAGUACGACAGUCUAAUAACAGGAUAUGUGCAUAAAUAUAUUCCAUAUGUGUUGACAAACAUUUUGUUAAAACGACAAAUCAAUAACAAGAGAACGAAACCUGCGAUAGAGUACACAUCGAUGUUUGCUUCAGAAUAAAGCAGCGUACUUCACAUUCUUUUCUUUCAUAACAUCAAAUAUGUCGAUAGACGACAGACAAAUAACAAUGACAAAAAUAUAAUAGAAAAAAAAAGAAAAUAACAUGGUUUUUUACUUUUCUUUAGGCUUUGUUCAUUCAGCUUAUUUAUUUGGUCUUGAAAGUCAUAUUGCUCAUACAUCAAUUAAUGGCAAUAGUGUACCACCAGGUGCUCUUCUCUCACUUAUACAGAAGGGUCUUUAUUAUACUGAAGCCGAAUUAUCUAUUGGUGAUGAUGGACAAGAACGAACAUGUGAUAGUCUAAGUUUAAUCGAUGCAGUCGUACCAGAUUUCGUUGAGAAUCGUCGUAAAGAACUUCAGCAACUACAACAACAACAGCAGCAACAGCAACAACAACAAUCGACAUCAUCAUCAUCAACAGGACCAUCGGGAAAAAUCGAACCGAAAUCUUCAUCUCGGACUACUACUCUUUCAUCGAAUAAUAAUGAUAAAGAUCGAUCACCGAUGCCUCAUCCAACAAAUACAUCACCACAAUCCAUAAAUACAACAUUAUCUGAUCGUUCGAAUAUAGACUCAUCAACAAAUGGUGGAGUUAAUUAUCCUAAUUCAUCAGCAUCAGAAUAUGGAUCAUCAUCAUCAUCUUUGAGACCAUUUAAUUCAACGUUAACAGGACGUUCACAUUCACCAGCAACAGCUCAAUCACAUUAUUCUCAUAAUCAUCCGUCAUCAUCCUCUCAUUCAAAUACAAUUCAAUCAGCAGCAUCAACUGGAAAUUUUUCUCAAAUACCAAACGGAAACGAUAAUAAUUCACAUUCAUCCUAUACCAAUAAUACGAAUCAUAUUGCUAGUAAAAAUAAAUUUUACUCUAAUCUUUGUUUUUACUAA